UUUUUGAGCCUAUCUCGCCAACUCUUCGCUUCGCUUCUCGCUUACCAUAUGCGGCUUGAUGCUCUCUGACUUGAUGCAUUGCUGGGAGUUUGAUCGAUCAUCUAUUAUACCAUGGAAGGGCGGCUUUAUCGAUUUUAUUUAUCCUGGCGGUCUGGCACUGUUCCACUCUCGUCCCCCAUUCUUCCCCGUCUUUUUUCGCCAGGCAAAAUUGCAGAGCGCGGGAAGGGCGGAGGGCGGUCGAGUAGGCUGGUGUACAUGUGGGUUUGCUUCUUAUUUAAUCUCAGGAACGGCAUUUUGGUUAUCUAUAUUUUAUUAAUGGGCUACUGGGUGGAUUGCCGGAUGGUUAUGAUCUGGGCCCGGAAGGGGCCAUGGCGAGAGAGAGAAAAAGAGAAAGCUGCUUGGGCUCGACAGUCCAGGACUGCCGACAGCAGGAACGCGCACACACCGCUGGGAAUCAAUCAACAGUGGACGCAGGGGGUGCAGGCUGGAUCUCUCUCUUUCUCUUUCUCUCGCCCGGCCAUUCUUCUAUUCUUUUUUUCCCUCUUCCUUUCUCCCCCCCUUCCUCGCUUUCUAUACCGUCUUUGUCUGGUUCCAACACCUCCGUGUACCAUUUUCUUUGUCAUGUCAUGUGUGCUCUGUAAUAUCGUUGGUCGAUUUCCAUACCCAUUCGGCUAAUUGUACGAUUUAUUAUCCUCUUUUUUCAAAACAAAAAAUCGAAUAAUGCAUUUGCCCUAGGUAUCUAUUUCCUUUUGCUUUUCAACUUAUUCAGUUCUAUUUUCUUUAGUGCUGGAAGGCAGAAGAACGAAAAGCAACGAGCAUGAAAGAAGCUAGACCUAAGUAUUAGGGUGAUGGAUGAUGAUCGGCUGACAGUCCCGAACCGUCCGUCCACUUUACUCCUCCCUCGCAACUCCGGACUCCGGAAUUGUAUCUAAUGCCUGCAGACCGUUGUCGAUCCUUGGUUCUUGCUUUUUUGUCCCU